GGCAGCUAUGUAGCGGGGUCCUGCCAGAGCUCGGAAGAGAAGAUGACGGUCCACAACUUGUACAUAUUUGACCGCAACGGAACCUGUUUGUAUUACAACGACUGGAACCGCAAGAAACAGGCGGGGAUCUCCAAGGAGGAGGAGUUUAAGCUGAUGUACGGGAUGCUGUUCUCCAUCCGCUCGUUCGUCAGCAAGAUGUCUCCUCUGGACAUGAAGGAAGGUUUCCAGUCCUUCCAGACCAGCAAGUACCGUCUCCAUUACUACGAGACUCCCAGCGGACUGAAGUUCGUCAUGAACACCGACCUGUCUGUGCCCAACGCCAGAGAGACGCUGCAGCACAUCUACAGCAAUCUUUACGUGGAGCUGAUCGUGAAGAACCCGGGUGUUUCGUGGACUCAGACGUUGGACAGCGAGCUGUUCUCCAGCCGCCUGGACGCCUUCAUCAGAGCUCUGCCGUUCUACAGCCCACGAGCCGCAUGAUCAGCUAACACGUUUACGUAUUUAUUCACCUUACAUGUUUUGUUUUGUAUCUUCUUCAAACAUUCUUAAGUCUGUUGAAUUAAACUUCUGUGCUAAGUCUUUGAACUAUCUUAAAGUGAAUGUUUUUGAUCAACUUAAGAAACCUGAGAGUCAUUGAUUUGUUGACUUUAAGCUAAAACACACCAGGGUACAAAUAAGAGUUUAAGUGGAGGGAGAGUAUUUCCACACAAAGACGGUCAGAGUUUAUCCAUCGGGAGCAUCAGUGUGGAUGAAGAAUGUGGUGAAGAUGAAGCUUCUAUUUGGGCCUGAAGCAACCCAAACGCUAACCGGGUGGGAGACACUUCUGUCCUUUUGUACUUUAAUUUUAGCAUCUAAGACUUUUUUUGUUUGUAAAUGUUCUGAUUAAAGGUUUCUGCUCACUAAAGACAUGUGAUGAGUGUUAAA